CAACGCACACGCCGGUACCUUGUGGGUUUCACAAAAACCAGAACUGACCACUCCAAACUGGCCAGCUGCCGCGCACAGGAAUUAUAUCGCUUGGGACGAGCCAAGCGGAUGAGAAAUCUUUUAGGAUUUCAGAAACACGAUAAUAUAAUUGAUUAGAAAUUCCAACUACUAUUUAGUUGAACACCCUCUCCCCUCAACCUCUUCAAGCUCUGAAUUUCUGUUAGUUUUACUGUAAUUUGGUGAAUGAACAAUGAGGGCAGCGGUUACUAGGAUGGAGUCUGCGUUGCUUGCAAUUAUUCUUACCUCUAUUGUCGCGUUGAGCUUCUUGAUGAAUGGGAAUGCAACGGGAAUCACGAGUACUUUCAUCCGAUCCGAGUAUCCAUCGGUUGAUAUACCUCUGAACAAUAAAGUAUUUGCUGUGCCAAGGGGUUACAAUGCUCCACAACAAGUGCAUAUCACCCAGGGUGACUAUGAUGGAAAGGCUGUAAUCAUCUCAUGGGUUACUGCCGACGAGCCAGGGGAUGGUAAAGUGCGGUAUGGUACCUCAGAGAAAAAAUACGAGUUUUCUGCUAAGGGGGUCAUGACAAACUACACCUUCUACCAGUAUAAGUCUGGCUACAUCCAUCACUGUCUUGUUGAUGGCCUAGAGUAUGACACAAAGUACUACUACAAAAUUGGAAAUGGUGAUUCAUCUCGAGAAUUUUGGUUUACAACGCCUCCAAAGAUAGAUCCAGAUUCUCAUUACAUAUUUGGGAUCAUAGGUGAUUUGGGUCAGACAUUUAACUCUCUGUCGACUCUUAAGCACUACAUGAAGAGUGCAGGACAGGCUGUUUUGUUCGUCGGAGAUCUUUCCUAUGCUGAUAGAUACGAGUAUAAUGACGUGGGUUUACGGUGGGACACAUGGGGUCGAUUAGUCGAGCAAAGUACUGCAUAUCAGUCAUGGAUGUGGUCCACGGGAAAUCAUGAAAUUGAUUACAUGCCUUAUAUGGGAGAAGUUACUCCGUUCAAGAACUAUCUUCAGCGGUAUGCUACUCCGUAUUUGGCCUCUGGUAGUAGCAACCCUCUUUGGUAUGCCAUCAGACGCGCAUCAGCUCACAUAAUCGUGUUGUCCAGUUACUCUCCAUUUGUGAAGUACACGCCUCAAUGGACGUGGCUAGAAGCAGAAUUGAAAAGGGUUGACAGGGAAAAGACACCUUGGCUCAUAGUCCUUAUGCAUGUUCCGAUAUACAACAGUAAUGAGGCUCAUUACAUGGAAGGUGAAAGCAUGCGAGCAGUGUUUGAGAGUUGGUUCGUUCAAUACAAAGUUGAUGUGGUGUUUGCUGGCCACGUCCAUGCUUAUGAGAGAUCGUAUCGUUUCUCCAAUAUACAAUACAACGUAACAAGUGGUUACCAGUACCCCGUACCAGACAAAUCAGCUCCUGUAUACAUAACUGUUGGAGACGGAGGGAACCAAGAAGGACUUGCUGGACGGUUUAGAGAUCCACAACCAAAUUAUUCUGCAUUCCGAGAAGCAAGCUACGGGCAUUCGACGCUUGAGCUGAUAAACAGGACACACGCACUCUACCAUUGGAACCGCAAUGAUGAUGGGAACAAAACCGCAGUGGAUGCAUUCGUAUUACACAACCAAUACUGGGGUGCGAAUCACGGGAAGCGAAAACUGGAGAAGCAUAAUGUUAGGAAGAUAAUGAUGGACGAAAUUGCUACGCAUUGAUAGAAACCGAUCACAUCUGUCGGGUGUUUUGCUUGAGAAAUCUCAAUGAAGAAUGCAGAGUUGCUUGGAAAUUGAAACAUUGGAUUGGCUUGUAUCGAGACCUCUUACGUAAAAUAAGCAAUAUGAUCCCUUGUCGCUUGUUCAUGGUAUUGGAUUUUUAGUUUUGUUUUACGACUAUUUCGAAUGUUCAUUCGGAUUACCAGUUUGGCCUAUUGUUUUUAUCCAACAAUGUUGUUUGAUGAUCGGAACUAUCAAGACAUUUUAAUCUUCCUCUGACCA